AUGUCAAAUGCGAGAGCAAUUCGGCAUGAAUUGAAUCACAUCAAAAAUGAUAUUAAGGAACUAAAACGACAACAAACAUCACCAAUAUAUUUACUAAUAAAAUCAACUUCUUCAAAUAAUGUCUCUUCAAUGUAUACUUCAAUUUCAUCAAAUAAUCCAUGCAGGUUAUCCUCACAAAAUUCAAUAUACUAUUGUAAUGAAUGUAAUAGAUAUAUUAAUGAACGAACUUCUCCUCAAUAUUCAAUAUUCAAACCAAAGACGGCUACCACAACUUAUCAGGAUAGCUACAAUCGAGAAUGGUCAUCUUCAGCAGCUGCCAACUACGUGUGUUAUCCAAUACACGAGAAUCGAUCGACAAUAUUAAAAGAACUUCAAAAGAAAUAUCCAUCAUUAUCACCUGCUGUUGAAAUUCGUCCAAAUUGGAUAUCACCAUCAUCUAAAAGUAGUUACCCAUAUCGACGAUGUAAUCUCGGUGCAUACUAUCCGGACCCGUAA